AUGGAUAAUGCCUCCCAUGACUCCGGGCAGACGGAGGACUGCCAGAGUAGACAGUGGCUCCUCCCGGAGGAUAGCCCAGCCAUCAGCUCAGUGAUGUUCUCGGCCGGGGUUCUGGGGAACCUUAUUGCGCUGGCGCUGCUGGCACGCCGUUGGCGCGGGGACACGGGGUGCAGUGCCGGCAGCAGGACCUCUAUCUCCUUGUUCCACGUGCUGGUGACAGAGCUGGUGCUCACCGACCUGCUGGGGACCUGUCUCAUCAGUCCGGUGGUCCUGGCUUCCUAUGCGCGGAACCAGACACUGGUGGCUCUGGCUCCCGAGAGCCGCGUGUGCACCUAUUUCGCCUUCACAAUGACUUUCUUCAGUCUUGCCACGAUGCUCAUGCUCUUUGCGAUGGCCCUGGAGCGCUACCUCUCCAUCGGACACCCUUACUUCUACCGGCGCCGUUUCUCGCGUCGUGGGGGCCUGGCGGUGCUGCCAGUCAUCUACGCGGUCUCUUUGCUCUUCUGUUCCCUACCGCUGCUCAACUACGGGGAGUACGUCCAGUACUGUCCCGGGACAUGGUGCUUCAUCCGGCACGGGCAGACUGCAUACCUGCAGCUCUAUGCCACGGUGCUGCUGCUGCUCAUCUUGGCGGUGCUCGCCUGCAACUUCAGCGUCAUCCUUAACCUCAUCCGCAUGCACCGUCGGGCCAGGAGAAGCCGCUGUGGAUCAUUCGGCCGUGGCAUGGGUGGCCCUGGGUCGCGCAGGAGAGGAGAAAGGACUUCGAUGGCGGAGGAGACGGACCACCUCAUUCUCCUGGCCAUUAUGACCAUCACCUUCGCCAUCUGCUCCUUGCCUUUCACAAUCUUUGCUUAUGUGAAUGAAACCUCUUCCCGAAAGGAAAACUUGGACCUCCAAGCUCUUAGAUUUUUAUCAAUUAACUCUAUAAUUGACCCUUGGGUCUUUGCCAUCCUUAGGCCACCGGUCCUGAGACUAAUGCGUUCAGUCCUCUGUUGCCGGACUUCAUUGAGAACACAAGAGGUUUCACGGACUUCCUGUCCUACCCUGUCCAGUGCCACUAAACAGACUGACCUUUGUGGACAGUUAUGAGGAUGCACUUCACAAGGGAGCCUCUGCAAAGGCCUUUAAACAGCCUCCUUGGAGAAACGUGAAGAGCUGGCGUAGGAACAAAAUGAAACUGCAAGGCCCUUCGUGGAAGAUCUCAGAGGCUGUCUACAGCUCAUGCUAUGUGACCUUUGUAGGACAACCAGCUGCGUCUAAGACCCAGUUGAUAUAAGCUUUCCUGCUGAAUAACCAAGCAUGUGGUUUUGUAAUUUGUUUAAAACUCUACGUGGUUCCUGUCUCCUGUUUUAAAUUUUGAUGCCACUGCUGUUAUAAAUGCAGUGUGCAGUCAGGCCAAGCGAAACUCAUUCUCUAGGAAGUCAGUUCGUGCAAGCGAUGAAGCAAUCGAGACAGACAAGUUGCUGUCCUGUGAUUGCUUAAUGGACUCUAUUUGGACCAUGAACUUGAAAGUCAUCAGUCCCUUUAACUGUAACGUUGUAACUUUGUGCCUGUGGGCGUCCUCUCCAAUCAGGACUCUGCCACCCUGAGAGGGCUGCACUGAUGUGGUUAAGGCCGGUUUGGUUCACCCUUCCCCUAGGAGCCUUGUCCUGGUAUCAAGUUAUUUAUUUUGUGUUGUCUGUUGUGAUGAUGCUACUGAAGAAGACUAGAAAUUUCCUUCUCAAAAAGAAAUAGUAAAAGAAUUAAUUCUAAUGAAUGCUUUUCAGUUUUUGUUGGGGAAGCUUUUUCAUAGUUGAGGCCAGAUUUUAAAAUCAAAAUCUGAAAACUCGAGCCCAUUCUUCAGGUAUACUGGAAUCCUUGUGGCGUUGAUACUAGGGACAGGACUAACAUCCACAUCCACCUUACAAAUGACUGACUGGGUCACAGCCAACUCUUCUGUCGGUAUUUUUAUUUAAGGAACAUAUUUUGACUCAUACUACAGAAGAAACCAUGUAACUGUGAGUCAUAGCUCAAUGUAUUUCCAAACAUUCGGCAUGGUUUAAACUCAGCAUUAAAAUAUUUCAGUGAGCGUGUACAUGUUAGUCAGAGUUAUGGUAUAAACACAUCUGAAACGCUACAAACUAAACUCUGAAAGAAAACGUGGAAAAGUGGAAGUCUUCAGCGUACUUAUUCUCCAAGAAUAGUUUGCAGUUAGCAUAGGCAUGGCGUCUGUAAGUGAAAUGAAAGUUGAAAAAAUUA